CACGGCAAUUGCAAUUUGCACGAAAGUGGAAAAUGGAUUCAGGUUUCAACAAUGGAAGCACACUAUUUGACUUCGUCGUGAGAGAUGGCAAUGGUGUCAAAGGCUUGACGGACUUAGGCAUAUCAGUCGUUCCGGAGCGAUACAUCCAACCACCACAAGAGCGAAUAGACAAGCAAAAUGCCAUUUCUCAUAAACUCGCACCAAUCGAUUUGUCAAAGCUUGAUGGGCCGGCCCAUGAGCAAGUAGUGGAAGAGAUGAGUAGAGCUGCCGAGACUCUUGGGUUCUUCCAAGUUGUGAACCACGGCGUGCCGGCGGAGUUGCUGGAGUCGCUUAAAGAUGCAGCACACUACUUCUUCAGCCAAAAGCCUGAAAAGAAAGCUGUUUACCGCAAAGGCGUAAGCCCCAGCUCGUCCGUGACGUAUGGGACAAGCUUUGCGCCAGAGAAAGAGAGAGCUUUGGAGUGGAAGGACUAUAUUAGCAUGGCCUACACUUGUGAUGCUGAUGCUCUUCAGUAUUGGCCAAUGGAGUGCAAGGAAGUGGCACUCGAGUACCUAAAGACAUCAAUGAAGUUGGCGAGAAAAUUGGUGGAGAUUCUGAUAGGGAAGCUUGGAGUGACGCUGGAUGAUUCCAGAAUGAAUGCCCUCAUGGGUUUAAAAAUGGUCAACAUGAACUUCUAUCCAACGUGCCCCAAUCCGGAGCUUACAGUUGGCGUAGGAAGACACUCGGACAUGGGCACCCUGACUGUGUUACUACAAGAUGGAAUAGGAGGUUUAUAUGUGAAGAUUGAAGAAGAUAUCGAUGCUGGAAACAAGGGAGAGUGGAUGGAGAUUCCACCAAUCCCCGGUGCGCUGCUCAUUAACGUCGGCGAUGCGUUACAGAUAGUAAGUAAUGGAAGGUAUAAAAGUGCUGAACAUAGGGUGCGUACCAGCAACAAUGAAUCAAGAGUGUCAAUCCCAGUAUUUACAACUCCUACACCGACUGAGAAGAUAGGGCCGCUGCCUCAAGUGGUGGAGACAGAUGGGGUGGCUCGUUACCGCGAGGUUGUGUUUCAGGAAUAUAUGAACAACUUCUUUGGGAAUGCUCAUCAAGGAAAGAAAUCCCUUGAUUUCGCUAAGCCUUGAAUCCUCCACUUUCUUGCAAAAAUAAAAUAAACAUUUAAUUUUUAUAAUUCUGUCUUGCUCUGUAAACAUAAAUCACAUAUUAUAUCAUCUCUGUAAUACGUGUGAUUUUAUAAUUAUCACGCUCCAGAAACUCUUUUUAUGUAAUAAAUAAAUUAGACCUACCUUCUACA